AGUCUUUUCAGCACACCCAGACCAAGAGCAGAUGGUAUCCUCCAUGGCUGGGCUCACUGGUGUCUGCACCAUGAGGAACGGGCAUCUAUGGUUGCUGCCAGGACUCUUGAUGCUGCUGCUGUUGCCAUUGAGAGCUGCAGCCCAGAAGACUAGUGAUUGUGCUCGCUGGUGCCCUCCAAACUCCACAUGUGUCAAUGCCACUGCCUGUCGCUGCUCCCCAGGAUUCAUUUCGUCAUCUGGGGUGAUCUUCACCAGCUUAUUGGAGAGUUGUGAUGAUAUCAACGAGUGUGGAUCACUGUCAGCUGUGUCCUGUGGAGAAUUUGCAGAUUGCCAGAACACAGAGGGGAGCUACUACUGCAUAUGCAUUUUAGGAUAUGAGCUUGCUUCUGGGGCAAGAAUGUUCAAGAAUGAGAGUGAGAACACAUGUCAAGAUGUGAAUGAAUGCACGUCGGGGCAGAACCCAUGCCACAGGUCCACCCACUGCCUCAACAACAUUGGGGGCUACAAGUGCCGCUGCCGCCCUGGCUGGAAGCCUGUUCCUGGGUCCCCCAAUGGCCCAAGCAACACUGUCUGUGAAGAUGUGGAUGAGUGCAGCUCUGAGAAGCCUUUGUGCCACGAGUCCACCGUCUGCAUCAACACCGUAGGCUCGUACAAGUGCCGCUGCCGCCGGGGCUGGGAGCUCAAACCCGGAUUCCAGAAUAAGCAGCCCAACACCACCUGUGAAGAGAUGUCCUUCCCCACCUGGACCCCACCCCCUAGAAUCAAGAGCCAGCGGCUCUCCCGUUUCUUUGAAAGAGUCCAAGGUCUGGGGAGACACUUCAAGCCAGCCUUGGCUCAGGACACCAUCCAGGACCUCAUACAGGAGGUGGAUGAGCUGCUCCAGACCCCCGAGGACCUGGAGGCUCUGCCCCGCUCAAAGCAGCACUGUGUGGCCACGGACCUGCUCGGUGGCCUGGAGGAUGUCCUGAGAAAGCUGAGUCAGGCUCUGCCCAGUGGAACAUUGACCUUCAAUGCAUCUGCAGGCACAGACCUGUCCCUGGAGGUGCAGGAGCAAGGACACAGAAAUGUCACUUUGAGUUCAAAUCAGGCGAAGAUGUGGCUGAACUGGGAUGUGGUGCACAAAUCUGGUGACUCAGGUCCUUCUGUGGCGGGCCUCAUCUCCACUCCAGGGAUGGGCAAGUUGCUGGCAGAGGCCCUCCUGGUCCUGGAGUCUGAGAAACAGGCAGUUCUGCAUGGGGCACACAAGCGUAUUUUGCCAGGAGUUUCCUUGGUCCUGCUCUCAGAUGUCAUCUCUGCCUUUACGAACAAUAAGUACACCCAGAACCUCAGCUCCCCCAUCACCUUCAUCUUCUCUCAUCAUUCAGUGAGCCCUGGGCCAACACAAAAGGUGUUCUGCGUCUUCUGGGAGCACAGUCAAGGUGGCUGUGGUCAUUGGUCCACUAGAGGCUGCAGGAUGGUGACCACUACAGACACCAGUACCAUCUGCCAGUGCACCCAUCUCAGCAGCUUUGCCAUUCUCAUGGACCACUACGAUGCACAGGAGGAGCGUCCCGGGCUGGCUGUGAUCACCCAUGUGGGGCUGGGCAUCUCUCUGCUGUGCCUCCUCCUGGCAGCCCUCACCUUCCUGCUGUGCAAAGCCAUCCAGAACACCAGCACGUCGAUCCACCUGCAGCUCUCAAUCUGCCUCUUCCUGGCCCACCUGCUCUUCCUCACGGCCAUCGACCAGACCAAGAUCAAGGUGCUGUGUGCCAUCAUUGCAGGUGCCCUACACUAUCUCUACCUGGCCUCCUUCACCUGGAUGCUGCUGGAGGGUCUGAAUCUCUUCCUCACUGCACGUAACCUGACGGUGGUCAACUAUUCCAGUGUGAGGAGGUUCAUGAAGAAACUCAUGUUCCCUGUGGGCUAUGGAGUCCCAGCUAUAAUUGUGGCCAUUUCUGCAGCAUCCAGGCCUUACCUUUAUGGAACUCCCAUGCGCUGCUGGCUCCACACAGGAAAGAGAUUUAUAUGGAGCUUCCUUGGACCAGUUUGUGCCAUAUUCUCUGUCAAUUUAGUUUUCUGUCUGAUGACCCUCUGGAUUUUGAAAAGCAAAUUGUCAUCCCUCAACAGUGAUGUAUCCACCCUCCAGAACACAAGAAUGCUGACAUUUAAAACCACAGCUCAACUCAUCAUCUUGGGCUGCACAUGGUGCCUGGGCAUUCUGCAGGUGGGUCCAGCUGCCCAUGUCAUGGCUUACCUCUUCACCAUCAUCAACAGCCUGCAGGGCUUCUUCAUCUUCUUGGUGUAUUGCCUCCUCAGCCAGCAGGUCCGGGAACAAUACAAGAAAUGGUUCAAAGGGAUCAGGAAUAGAAGAGCUGAGUCUGAGAAAUACACACUGUCCAGCAAGGCCAUGUCUGAUUCUUCCAGACGCAGCACGGACUCUUGAUGCUGCUGCUGUUAC